CCCCUUUAAAAAAGCAAAAUUUUCUUCAAGCAAAAUUUUUCAAAGUUAAUUCAACAAGAAUUGUGACUAAGUGCUGUAAAAAGACCGUAAUUAAAAUGAACUAGACAACAAUAAUAUUGGUUUUUCGGUCUCCGCUGGACCGUCCAGCGGUCUCGAAAGUCAAAACAUAUAAAAAAAUAAUAAAUUUCGUAUCAACAAAAAGGAAAGAAAAGAAAAAAUGUCGACAAAACUUUCAUUUAGGGCUAGAGCCCUGGAUCCCUCAAAGCCAAUGCCAAUAUACUUCGCAGAUGAACUGCCGGACCUGCAUGAGUAUUCUGCGAUAAAUCGGGCUGUGCCACAAAUGCCCAGUGGCAUGGAAAAAGAGGAAGAAUCUGAACAUCAUCUUCAAAGAGCAAUAAUGGCAGGUUUAAUUAUCCCAACGCCAGAAGUGACGUGUUUGAAACAUGAUGAUUUGUAUAACAAAAUGUAUCCUGCCGACUUUAAAAUGCCAAGACAACUCAUUCAUGUGCAACCGUUAUCGCUGGAACAAGACAUACCAGAUUAUGAUAUGGAUAGUUCCGAUGAGCAAUGGUUGCAAUCGGAAUCAAAAACUGACUUGACACCUUACAAAUUUGAACAAAUGAUGGACAGACUUGAGAAGAUAACUGUGUGCUCAUUAGAUGAUGCUAAAGCAUUAGUAAAGAGGAACGAAGUGAGUCAGGAUGUAUUUGAUUACUGGGUAUCAAAACGACUUAAAACGAAACACCCACUGAUAUUGUCAGUAAAAACAGAUUGUCGUGGUAAUACAGCAUCAAAUAAUCCCUACAUAGCAUUUAGGAGGCGUACAGAGAAAAUGCAAACACGUAAAAACCGCAAGAACGAUGAGACCUCAUAUGAAAAGAUGCUUAAGCUAAGGCGAGACUUAUCGAGAGCAGUAAAAUUAUUAGAGAUGGUGAAGCGAAGAGAGAAGAUGAAAAAGGAUGAGCUACAAAUGAGCAUAGAAAUCUAUGAGAAACGAUACCAAGCUAAAGAUUUCUCCGGACAGCUUCUUGCAGAAUAUACUGCCUCAACAACGAAAUCAAGACCUGCAUUCGCUCCAUUAUAUUCUAAUCAAUAUUAUCACCAUAACUCAUCAAGUAAUUUAGUUUCACAAAAUAACCAAUGGAAUUCCUCUCAAAAUUUCGCCAGUAUGCAUUUGAAUCAUCAUCAUCUACAAAAUAAGAGAGAUUUCGAUGGAAUGAGUACGAGUAGCAGUCGUAAGGAGAAAAGACAGUAUAAGAAACGGAAACAUAAAACACAACGUGAAGUCAUUAAACCGUCAGAACCUUAUGAUGGAAUGUUUUCGUCAGACGAUGAAGACCUCAGUACACAAUUGGGUGCUUCGGAGAGUGAGGAUGAAGGCAUAUAUCCAUUUAGGAGAAAUAGAAAUUGUAAUUACUAUCAACCGUAUGUUGAGAAUUUCGGAAGUUGGCCAUGGGAAUCUCAAGAGAAUAGUGAGAUAUGUGAUUCCAAAUAUCGGUUUGCUUUAACAUCAAUAUGUCAUCCUAGACCCCGAUGCAUCGGAUUUGCGAGAAGGCGAGUGGGACGAGGGGGUCGUAUAUUAUUAGAUAGAGCAUCAUCAAGUUAUGACGAUAUUUGGUCGAAACUUGACUUCACAAUAUUUGACAAUGAGAAGACAUUCGAUGAUAUCGAUCAAGAACUAAAAGAAAAAGAUACCUGCAUAGUAAAUCAACCAGCAAUCAGUACGUCGAUAGAUGGCUCAAGUGUGAGCCUGAAAUCACAAAACGAACCUUUAAUUAAUAAUAAUAAUAACAUUGUGAUAAAGAGUGAAAAUUCCAAAAUAAUUGACACAAGUGACGAUCAAACGGCGAUGACAACGACAGGAGUUGUCUCAAGUAGGAUGUCACAACAGACGUCAAUAGAUAAAACAACAUCUUCAACAUCAUCAUCAUCAACAUCAUCGGAUGCUAUAAAUCAGAAAUUGGACGAUUUUGAACAAUUGCUGGAUAGUGCGAACGCAAGUUCCAAUAUAAUUAAUAAGAAUUUAGUGUGUAAAAAGAGUAAUGAUAUUAAUAAUGAUGGUUUUCACUUAAAAACUAUCGCCAAUAAUUUAAGUUCAAGUGAAUUAUUUAAUAAGAAUAAUAAUAAUAAUAGUAAUGUGAGUGUGCUUAAUUCAUAUAAUUCUGAUACCAUGAAUAAUUGUAUCAGCAGUACAAAUAGCUCGAUCAGUAAUAAUGCAAGUACGAGCCAAAAACUUGUUGAUGUUGACACUAAUCUCGUCAUGUCAGAAACACUAUCAAUGACUUUAAAUAGUAGUAAUAUGAUAAAUGAUAGUAAUAGUAAUGAUCAACAAUGUAAUGAGGAUAAGCAAGAUAAUUUGGAGACGGAGCAGGAUGUAUAUAAAGAUUUAAUGGAUGAAAUUCGAAAUGAGUGGCUCCACUUCCAGCCAAUGCCACCACAAUCACUAAUGGAUGACGUUAUAUUCGAAUCCGAUUUAAUUAAUGACACAAAGAAGUUUUCAUGCGAACUUCAGCUGCUAGAAGAUAGCAAAAAUGAGACUGAAAAUACUAACUGUAUUGAUAAUACUUAUUUAACCCAACCGAUGACGUUUAAUUGUCGCAACAAUAGUUUAGAACCUCACAAUUUAAGUGAACAUUUAACUUCAGAUGUUGUAAAUAUCAAAACAGAGCCAGUUGAACGAGAUUUUGAUUUUAAUACUAAUAAUGAUAUGGCAGAAUUUAAGAAUACGACAAAAGAGAAUGAGGUUCACAACAUCAAUGAGGAUGGAAAGUGUCAAAAUGAUAAGCUCAGUAAUAUAUUAAAUAGUAUAGAUUAUCUUGACUACCUAUCAUGUAAUGAUAAUAAUAAUAGUAAAAUAGGCUGUAGUAACUUCAAAUUAAUCAAUGAGAAAACAAACCUUCAACAGCAAUUUGAGAAGGAACUCGAAACAUUAACAGUUGAUGCUGUUGAUUCCAAUAUAAUUACUGUAAAAACUGAAAAUGAAUUGUCUGACUUUAACGAUCAAGUCAUCUCAAGUAGCAAUACUUCCACGACAUCUAUCGUUGCUCCAAUUGCUGAAUUACAAUCCCAUAAUUAUGUAUUACAAUAUGGCACACCGGCUACGGCUACUGUUGUUGCAAAUAAUAAUUCAGAGAUAUGUAAUAAUAUACCCAAAUUUGCCAACACAUCAAAUGCUGGAAAUGUAAUACAGCAACAAUUUGUAAAUACCGGAAAUACAAUUAUUUCAUCACCAUCACAACAAAAGAUGCAGUCAAUUGUGUAUGACAAUAAUACCUUUGUUCUGACUACAACUGCACCAAGAAAGCAACUGAAUGGUCCAGCUGACAGAUCAUUGAAUCAAAAUAAGUUCAAACAAGUAUAUAUGGUGGGUUUAUCGCAAGAUAAAGCCAAGAGCAUAGCAACAUUGAACGAUGCGAAUUUGAUAAAGAAAUCAUACUCAGAUCUUACAAUUGGUCAACAAAACAUUUUAGUCUCAUCUCUAAAUUCUAAUUUAUCAAAUUCGAACAAUAUGAAUCAGCAAUCGAACACCCAACAAUUCAGCUUGGUGCAUAAGAACCCGAUAAUUUUGGGAGCAUCAACAUCCGGCUCUGGAACAGCAUUUAUGCAAUCUACUGGGGGAAAUUCAACAAAUAAGAUUAUUGUAACUCCAUCACAACUUUACAUGAGUACUCAUGGUAAACUCGUCAUACCGUCCUCAAGUCCGCAAAGUAUUAUAUUGGAUAAAAUGAUUGGAACAAAUCAGACAACAUCUCAACCUCAAGUACAGCAACAACAACAACAACAACAACAGAAUCAGCAGCAACAGCAACAAAAACUUCAAGCACCAAAUCAGCAUCGAGUAAAAAUGGAAAAUAAGAUGAAUAUGCUGAUUGAGAGUACAGGAGAAAAGAAUGUAAUCUAUGCAAAAUAUAGUAAGAAUAAGAUCUAUCCGACAAAUAUAAUUCCUGUCCAACAAGCUGGUGCUAAUAAGAACAGCACUCAGACCCAGCAUCAAAUACCGACAAAGCAAAUUUCUUCAAUUGCAACAACACAGGCACAACAUCAAUCAAUAAGUGUUAUCUCAAAUAAUAAAUCUUUACAACGAAUUCAAACUGCUCCGUUUUCGCAACAAACGCAAGUGAUGCGUCCACAAAUUGGUACGUCAUCUGUAAAUUUUCAAAAUGCAUCUACACCAUCAAAAAUUAUUCAACAAUCUAACAAUGGUAGUAAUAUGUUAGGAACAGUUAAAAGUAAUGAUAAUAAUAGCAGUACAAGUCCGCGUUAAUGAGUUUCUUUCCCUUCUCAUUCUCUCCUUCUCUCUCUCUCUCUAUUUCUCUUAGCUAUAAUCGAUAUAAAAAAUGAUACAAAAAAUUGUCUUUCAAAAAAAAAAAAUUAUUAAAAAAUUAUGAAAAAAAUUGAUAAAAAAAAUAACAAAAAAACUGGCCAUUCAAUUCAUUUACAUGUCCGACAAAUAGACAUAGUUAAGAAUUUACAUAGGGAGGAAAUAUCUCAAGCAUUUCCACUCUAUCUCAAUUUUAAAAAAACUUGGAAAGAUGAUAACUAAGCAGAAAAAAAUUUCCCUCUUCAUCAUAUUAUAAUUGAUAAUAAUAACACUUAUCAUCAUUAUUAUUGUUUACAUAAAGCAUUUAACAAUUGACUGCAAUUGAGAAAUAAAAAAUGAUAAAAAAAUAUAAUUAUUCAAUUUCACACAUGAUCCAUUGUGGGGAGUUUUUGUCAGAUUUGUAACGAUUAAAUCGUUUUUGAGAGUUCACAAAUAUCUCACCAAAUUUUUAAAUUUGGAAGUUUAUAUUUUGAUUUGAAACGUGAAUUCGAUGUAUCUUUAUAAUUUUAAAGUAAUUUAAAUUUUAAUUGAUUUUUGAUUUCUUGGGAAAAAGUGCCAAGUUGAGUUUCAAGAAGUUCGGACCUAACCUCGAAAUUGAUGUUUGCAAUUUAAUCAUCCUUUAAAACUGAAAAUGAAGAAGAAAAAUAUUCCGAACCUAAUUUAAAGAGUCGGACCUCUUCUUUGAAUAGUUUCUCUCUUUAACCCUAAUUUGGGAAAUUAAACAUAUGAAUAGAGUGACUAUCAAUUUUGAAGAAGAAACCGAGACAUUUUUUCAAAAAAAAAAAAACAGGACAUUCCUGUGAAAAGUCCAACAGAUGGUCAACCUACAUAUAAUUCAAAUAAAUCGAAAUUAAGAAAGAGAAAAUAAAUCAGAAUCAGUAAAAAACACUAUCCACGUACCUUAUUGUCAACAACCUAGGACAUAAUCCAAAGCAUAGUGAAAUUAAACUUCUGAACUUAGCAUGUUAGAGCUAUAGAUCUUUUGCAGAGUAUUUCAAACUAUGUGUCACAGUACGCUAAUGUGUCGCAAAAUUGAACUUAGUGCGUUUCAAGACAGAACCAGGUUUUCAACGAAUUUAUUUUUAAAAACUACAAAUUUUCGAUACUUAAUCUCAAUGAAAGUAAUUACAGUCAAUGUUUAAAAUUGUUCCAAAGUAAUAUAAAUCUAUUUAUGAUCAUAAAAUGUGAAUAAUCAAUCAAUCUCUAUAAUAACCUAUUCACAAUCCCAUAGAGUGCAACAAGAGUUCCCUUGGUACAAGAAAAUCUUCAGUUUUUGAACAUAUUUCAUAUUUAGAUAAAGUUGGAUUCAAAACUAGUUUUCAUAUGUUUCACCUUCGAGUUCAAGAUUAACCAUUUAACUUAUACUACUUAAACUAACAAUCAUCAACUAGGUUUUCAUCAAAAGUCUUCAAAAUGAAACUUCAAAUUCAAUCUAGUCGCGAAAAAUCUGACAGAAUUCAUCCAAUGGAUCAAUAUUGUCGCUGUUUAAAUGAAAAAAGAACAUAAAGCUCGAUAGACAUUAAGCAAGAACUCCAGAUACAAGAAAAAAGUUCGAAAGAUGUAAAUAUUAUUGAAUGAAAAAAGAAAAUUCUGAA